AUGACCGCACUAGAUGAGCUGACCCCAAGCAUUGACAUCGAGGAUUUCUUUAUUCAUAUUACAGAGGCGACUGAAGAUGAAGGCUGGAUAAACGUGCAAGAUCGGUUUCAGGACGGCUCUCUGGAACACGAUGGCCGGAUUUGCUACAGAUUUUCCGGCUGUGGAUCUUGCAUGACUCGGCUGCAGUUUGUGGUGGACACAACGCUGCCGGCAUCCUCAUUGUUGAUCCGUCCGGAAGUCUCCAUGCAAUCCAUCACCGAUGUCACGGGUUUGCUGGCCGCAGAGUGGCAAGAGCAAUUAAGCCCCGGUGACGCCAUCGUACGGGUUAACCGAAGGGAGCACGAAGCGGGUUCUCUGCGCCUAAAUUCGAUGCGGCAGAUCCUUGAAAGCCCAUCGCAGCUUUACGAGGAAGAUCAAGAAUCCCCUCAUCCUCAACAAGAGGCGGCUGAAUGGGAUGAAUAUUUUGCGAGAAUGAUAGUUCGACGAGACGUUCCAGAGAUUGGAAUGGCAGCCAUGUUGGUGAUGCCGCUUGGGCGACGCCACACGGUGGUGUUUCAGGUAGGCCCGGUCAAGGCAUAUACUCUGACAGUACAGCCGCAUUCAGAGCCUGGCAAAGUGAUUGUCUCCCACGUCAUGUUUCUACCUUUUUCUGCAUAUCCGGUUUGGGCUACGGAACAUUUCUCCAGCCUCAGCAAGCUUGAAAAAAGCCGUUUCGAGAGGUAUGUACAGUUGGAAGAUUUGCCGAAGCUUUGUGAAGUGGACAGGUCGUUCUACACCAUCUUACACUUACGAGGCUGCAACAGGGGCGUACCCUUACUGCCCAUUCAUGAUGAGCAGGCACAAGCGAUCUGCCAACUCGACAGCAAUGCAUGUGUACUCAUAACGGGAGAGGAUGGUUUGGACUCAUAUUGGAUGAGAUGGACGGAGCAGAAUUUUACGUUUCGCACAUACCUGCAAGAGUUUCUGAGCCGAAGUAACAUCAGGCUAAAUGUGUACACCGAGUUGAGUGGCAGGAAGUUGGUACCAUAUCAGGUUGCGGUAUCUACUCAGGAAUGGGAUGCCUGCAAACAUGAUGUCCUUGCAGCUUUCCACAAGCAACAGCGGGCAUACAGACGCAUGAACGGCGGUGUAAGUGCCCCCAGAGUAGGGGAGGCCACGGAAGCUCGCUUCCAGCACCUGGAACCCAAGCCCAAAAAGUUGUGCUUCGCAUCAACCAGCGCCGAUGUCGUUGUGCGACGAACUUUCAUUGACAUGUUGGAUUCUGAGUGGACUGAGUCUGGCUCACGCCAGGGAUGGGUUGCAGCCUAUAACCAAGUCGGCGGUGCUCUGAUAAGAGCUUCAAGCGCUGAGUUCUGA